CUAUUAGUGGAAGAUCCCACAUAUGUUGUAAGAACUCCAAAAUGGCGGCGUCCUUGGUGCACGUUUUGCGUUUCGCUUCUCGACAUGUCCGGUUAAAUUCGUCCUUUCCCGUGGCAGUGGAGGGGAGGAGAUAUCUGCUGUCCCCUGAUGUACUCCGGUACGACAACUACCUCAAGCAGUCCUCCAUCAUAGCAGACCAGAUGGAGGGAAGAAUAGACGUCUUCCAUGGCGCCAUCGCGGAUAAACUGCAGCGGGAGCUCCCCCUAGCGGAAAACGACGUGAAGCACAUGCUGCACACCUGCAGGACGCAGGAGGACUUCAAACUGGCGGAGAAGGCUCUCAAGAGCUACCAUGAGCAGACGCAGCACAUCAGAAGAAGACACUUCCGGUACGGCCCCGUGCUGAUGAGAUGUUGUCAGCACCUGGGGCUGGAGGAGAAGGCUUUAGAGCUGGUCACAGAUCAGUCCCUACAGGACAUAUUCCUGGAUGUGACGACCUACUGCCUCCUCAUGCACAUGCUGUUCACCAGGAGCGAUUACAAAGGAGUGUUGCGUGUGUUUGAGUUGAUGCACAGCCGCUCCAUCAGGGCAAACGCCAACGCCUACAAGCUGGCCUUCGCUGCGCUCUAUAAACAGAACACUCCUGAGGCCUUUGCCAGAUGUAAGGGUCUGUACGAAGGUGUUCAGCAAGGAGACCUCACAGACGAGACUACAGGAUUCAUCAUGGCUUUGGCACUUAACCAGAAUGACUAUGAGUACAUGGUCAAUGUAUACAACCGAGUCAAGCCCAGAGACUGCAGAUCCUGUCAAAGUCUCAAUGUCCUGGCCCUUGCCAGACUGGAACAGUUUGAAGACAUGUUUGCAGCCCUGAGGAUCAUCUUUGAAAGGGACGUUCCCACCUUCAUUCCAAAGUGGGAGGUGUCUCAACAAACAAUGACCACCAUCAGACAGACACUGGAGGAGAAGCGGCCAGAGUUGGUCCAACAGUUGGAGGAUGUGUAUGACAGUUUGAAGGCCGGAGGUCACCUGGUGCCCACGUCUGUACAUGUUGGGGUUCUACUGUACUGGAUGGUGAUGAUGUGUGUUUUUUCUCCAUGCAGGAUGUGUAUGACAGUUUGAAGGCCGGAGGUCACCUGGUGCCCACAUCUGUAGAGGUGAUGCUGAUGGAGCCCCCUCCCCCCACCACGACCCGGCGCGCCUCCCCGGGACUCAGGAAGUCCUUCCAGCGCACCAGAAGACCAAACACACGUGCACAAGCAGAUCUUAAUGUAUAGAUCAGUUCAGGAGAAUAGAUUUUUUUUUGACAUUGGAGUUUUCUUUUUACUGAACCAGUAAAGUCUUAUUCUCCAUGUAAAUUUACAGCUAAUUUACUGCUGCAAUGCUAUACUUACCGCUUACCGGUCCCUUGACCGGGGGUGGUCGUGCCGUACAUGUUGAUAUAAAACUUGUCCAACUUGUCAAAACUUGUCAAAGUCUCAACUGCUUACAUUUUGAUGCCUAUAAGACAACUUCCUCAGAGCUUCAGACUGAAGUGCUACUUCUCACUGCUACAUGUAGGUGGUGCUUAUUCAACGAGAAUGCUCCAGUCAGCUCUGCAUCCUCCUAUGCAGGGAUAUCCAAUGGCAAAACCGCCUGUCUGGAUGUAUCCUGCUUUCUCAACUGUCACCCUUAGUUCCUGACAGUCCUGCUUAUAAAUAUUAAUGAGCUUUCCCUUAUAUAUGCAAGAUCCCUUUUGAAAACUGAAAGGCCUAUUCUCUGAUUGGCUGACAGCUCAGCUGGUUUGGGGCGAUGCCCACAGGAACUAAGAGUGACGUUGAGAAAGCAGGCUACAUCCAGACACUGGCGGUUUUGCCAUUGGAUGUCCCUGUGAGAAGGGAGGAAGCUUUGAGGAAGAUGUCUUAUUGGUAUCAAAGUGUGAGCAGGUGAGACUUUUCUGUGAAAAGAAGACUCCAAUAUCCUAUGUUCGACCAGUCUGAUGAAAGUAGGUUUUUCUUUUAUGAUAUCUAGACGCCUUCUCUCAUGUGUUAAGAUAUUUACAGGAGAGUUGGCCAAUGACAACAUUUUAUAGUAUUGCUAACUCAUGUGUCAAUAACCUUAUUGAUAAGAAAGCCUAAUUGGUUUGUUUGUUUGAACCUUUGUUUAUUCAAAAGCUCAAAUUGGCCUGCAGGCCGCUUUUCAUUGAUUGAGGUCAUGGGGGUCAGACAAUGUAUAUAACAGAGAUGCAGUUUAGGUCAUUUGGCUAAAAGGACUAUCCAUACGUGCUCAAGAUGAACAUGUGUUUCUCUCCCGAAUCCAGCUCACAAGCCUACAAUAGCCAUCCCUUAGCAUAGUCUCCUAUAUCUCCCAGUUCAGUGCUCAGAAGUGGUCUCUUUUUCUUAGCCUUGCACAUUGCAAACCCGUAAAAAGAGAUAAGUGGAGAGAUAAUAUCACAUCUAUUAGAAGCUUAACAAAGGGAUCAGUGUUGAAUUUGUAUCCACUGCACAGAACUUUUGCUCUUUCAGAUUGUAGUAGCCAAUGUUGCUUAUAAUGUGUAUAGAUAUAACAUAUAGACAUUGGUCUGCCCAAAGGCAUUUAGCACAGAAUAUACUAUUUUUCCUUCAAGUGGAAGAAGAACAUGAAACAAUAUCUUAUUCUUUCUCUUGACUUCCUAAAGUUAACCUUGUAUCCGACCGUAUUAAAGUGCCCAAGACUCUUACAGUAUGACUUCUCUAUAAAUAUUGUAGAGGGGACAGAAGAGAAUUGGAAGCUAGAAUACUGUUAAAUACCAGCCUAUACUGAAGUAAGUCAUUACAUAGAGGCAAUGAUACUGUAAAGAAUUGAUUUGAUACCACACAAUGUCAUGUAAGGAAAAUAUCUAUCUAUCUGUAUUAAAAGCUAUGAAUAUGUGCACGUA